GGAAGAGUGGACAAUUCAAGGGGCACUACUGUAGUUUUUAAUUGGAGCUAAAAACUAAGUUCCGUUUGUCUUGAAAGACGUGCUGCAUUUCUUUAAUGGAACUUUGUACGACCAUGAUAGAAGAAAGUGCUGGCAGUGAAUGUGUUGUUAUAGACAUUGAAGAUAAUGAUUUGAAUGACCAGCCUGGUCCAGUUCGUCUAGUGCAUAAUCCUUCAGCAUGUGAGUUUGAAGCUCAGUGGUUUGAACAACCAUUCAACAAACCAUCUGACCAAGUUGUGUGUAGUGACAUUCCUGAAAAGUACUUAAAAGGAUUCAAAGAUCUGAUAUGGAAUCAGCCCCAUGAUAGAAUGGUUCCUGGAUAUGGAAUGACUCCGAAAGAGUUAGCAUGCGUUUCUUCUGAUGGACGUAAAGGUUGGCUUGUCACAUCCCAUUUCUACUGGUUGUCAAGAUGCAUAAACCAACAACAAAACCAUACUUGUUUUUUUGUCUUAGAUCCCACCAUAAAAACUAUGUCUCUUCAAAAGUUGCUAGGCAGCAAGUCAGCUCAGGAUGUCAAGCGUGUAAUUUUUGUGAUGAGUGUUGGACGCCAAGAUGAUGGGGUAGUUUUUCUGGGGACUGAUAAAACGCCAGGUGAUCAUUGGUCCAUGGCCGUAGUUGAAAUAAGCACUGGUUUAUUAUCUUAUUGUGAUACUCUUGGGUGGCAACAACCAGAAAUGCUUUUCUCCUGUAUUAUCAAUUACACUCAAUUUUUUGGUCUAGCUCAAACUAGUCAGCUGAAGCUAAGAAUGGCUCAUGAGCCCAAUACAGAGCAGCAUGAAUGCACACCAGUCUGCACCAACUACCCAUUACAAACCUGCUCUGAUGUUUGUGGAGUUAUAGCCAUGAUCUGCAUUGCAGUGGCUGUACUGGAUAAAGAUUUGUUUGAACUAAUGAUGAAGCCCAUAAAUAAAAAUUUCAACCUCUAUCUAACUGACCCAACAGAGUUUUCAACCUAUUUGCGCCAUGUUAUAAUCUACUGGAUAGCCAGCAACAAAAUAGACAUAACAAGGAUAUCAUUGAAACCAAACUUUGAUCCAAACAGACCUGCGACCAAACUGACCAAUGUCCUUAAAAGGAAGCUAGAGCAGUCCAUCAAUGGAGAUGCAACAAGUCCCAAGCGGUACAUGGGCCUACUCAACCAUUGUUCAAUUAAUGAGUACAUAUUAGAAGCUUUCAGAAAUAAAGAAUCAUCUCCUAAAAUACUUUCUGAGAUUGUCAGUAAAUUGGGUACUUACUGCAAAGUAAAAGAAGCCAAUGCCAAAAGACUGUCCAGUCUGUAUGCCGGGUUCACCCUCAAUACCAAUAUACUAAGAUCAAAAGAAGAUAGAGUGAGUACCAGGUCCUACUUAUCAGAAUUGGUUCAAUUAGACAAAGAAAGUCCCAUUAUUCUUUUUAAGAACAAAGGCUCUGAAAUGCAACAACUAGAGAAAGAAGAUAUUGUUGUUGCUAUUCAAAGUCCUUUUCAGAAAGAGAUGAUGCAGAUUUAUGGCACCAAGUGCCUCUGUGUGGACUGGCCUAAAAACAAAGAGGCCAAGUAUACUGUUUUAACAUUGUUGGUUUUUGUCAAUGGUACAGAAGAGUUGCCUGUAGCUUGGCUUGUGUGCAAUAGAAUAACUGAAUACACAAUAAGCCUUUUUUUCAAGAUGUUACAUUCUAACGUUGGUAAUUUACAGACGUCUGUUUUUAUUGGUGAUUGUGGUGGGACUUUACACAGCCUAUGGGUUCAGCACUUUCCCAAGCCUGGAAAAAAAAUGUUUUGCAGUUGGGAGGUACAACAUCUAUUUCAUAGUCAACUUGAUAUUUCUAUAUCUGAUGUGAAGAUAAAAAGCCAGAUUAAAGAUUUUUUGAAUGCUUUGUUCUACAUAACAAAUGCUCAAGCCUUUGAGGUCUAUGUGCUAGCACUUCUGUUAGCAUUGAAACCUCAUAAAAAACUUUGUGAGUAUUUGAAAUCAAAAUUUAUAUCAGAUAGUAAAGAAAAAUUCUGGGCGAGCUGUUACAGGCAUUUACCAGAAUAUCAUUAUGUUCCUUUCACAGAACCUUUUACUGUAACAAUGAAAACUUUGGAUAUCUUCAGCAAAAUGGAGUUGAAAAGAAUGGAUAUAUAUGUCCAUGUUUUGUUACAGCUGAAUCGUUUUCUUGAAAACAAACUGUACAUCAUGACCUGUCAGCCCAACUUACUGAAAGCUGUAGAGGACUUGAAAAUGAAGCACGAACAACCUUUAAAUGAUAUAGACCUUUAUCAGUCUCCCUCGGGAGAUGAAUGGUAUAUUCCAGCUACGGAAAAGUCUGAUGCCAUUUCUAUUAUAGAUUCUGGAAUAAGUACCUGCUUGUGCCCAUUAAAAUGUGAUUAUUGUAAAAUCUGUGUCCACAGAUAUAUAUGUACAUGUGUAGACUACAUCAUGAGGCCAGGUUCUUGCAAACACAUUCACUUCAUUCAAAAUUUCAAAUUAGUAAAUAGGGCUUUACAGGAUUCAGUGUCAGAGGAUUCCCCUUCAGUUAGUAGCCCAUCUGACCCCAACACAGCUAAUUGUACUCCAGGGAGUGCAAAAAAGUUGAAAAACCAAAUACAACAUGAACUACAUUUAUUAAAAAAGAAAAUUAGUAAAACCACUGAUCCUAAAAAGUUACAUGAUAUCUUCAGUAUUCUUCAUGAUGUUUAAUUCUUUAAUAAUAUUUAUUUUGGUUGAAAGUAAUUAGAUUUGUAUGUACCGGUAUUCAAUUUGUUGUUAAUAAUUUGUUAAAUUUAGAACUGUAAGCUGCAAAAUGUAAAAAAAAAAUGGAAGGUAAAUAUUAGAUAAAAUAAAAUCUAUAGGUUUCUAAAGAUAAUAUUUUUAAUACCAGUAAGCUAAUGUUUGUGUGAUGAGUUCAAUCAAACAACAAUUAACAAUAAUUGUAUUUUUGACUUCAUUCUGUUGUCCUUUUAUGCCUAAUUGCUAUAAAAAGAUGUACAUAAUGUAAUUUAAAUAAUUGUAUUUUUUAGGUUUGUCGUACUCAAUCCUUUUGCUACAAGUAGUAGUUCUAACACAUGUACGAUGGCACUUGCGUUCAUCUUCCCAUUUAUCAUGUUGUUGUUAUACUUCCUAUGUAGUGAAAUUAAAUCUUGUUUUAAACAUA